AAAUAUUUUUAUAGAUCUCGAUCUGGAAGUCGAAAUUCUAGUUUAGAAGAUCUUACAGUUGCUUCAAGCAAUGAUACAAAAUCACUACCUGAUUCCAGUAGUUCCGGUUAUUUGACAACACUGGAAAGUAAUCUUAAGAUUUCUCAAGAUUCUGAUGAAAAUCAAACAUUAAUUGAAACAGAAAACCAAGAUCUUGUUCUCUGCCAAACAGUCAUAACAAUUGUUUGUGAUAUUGUGUGGAAAGGUAUUGAUGGAUCAAGUAAACAAAUUUGGGAGGAAUAUGGCCACGUUUUUGCUUGUGUGAAUAUGCUUGCAUUAAGUAAUGAAUUAUAUUCAUCCCAUUUAGAAAUAAAAAGACAUAUCUUAGAAUAUACAUUACAACUAUGUUUGAAUGAUAUUCAAGAAACAGCACAAACAAAUGCACUUCAUUCGGAAAAUGCUAUAAGAAUAAUACGAUUUGUAUAUGAUUUUGUUGUUUUGGAAAAUACAACAGAUGAAAGAAGGUUAAGUGAAAAGUUGUUGGAUAAAGUAUUGGCUCUUCUGGAUAUUUUACUUGUGUUUGAAGAAGGUCCUGAAGAAGGAUGGGCAGAAAUGGCAGAAUUAGGAUUAAAUAUUAUAUUGAUUUGUGCCAAGAGUGAUAAUCUUGAAUUAUGUGCCAUGGCUACUGCCAAACUUCAUGCAUUAGUUCAGACAAGGCCAAAUGCUAGUUUAGAGGAAACAAGUUAUCUUUUAUAUAAUCUUGAUUUGAUAUUAAAACUUACUGUUGAAGAUAAAAGUGAAGCAGACGAAAUUUCUAAAGCUGGAAAACAAGAACAUUAUUCAUUUUUAAUUCCUGUUGUUCGUGCUUUAUUGGAAAAAAUUAAUGUACAUUUUCAAAUUCAAAAACAUCUUCCUUCUCUUUCUCUUUCAACGGCUGGUCCUGCAUUUUUUGAGGAAUUUCAACAAUAUGCACUUAGUUCAGAGUGGAAAAGCUUUAUAGAAAAAUUGGUGAAACCUCAUCAGCAAAAAUAUACUAUGCUCUACAUAGAAGAUCAGAAAGAAAUAAUGAAUACUUUUUGGAAUCAUUGUUAUGAAGCAAUUAUGGUUGCUAUGCAUAAACGAAAUCGAGAAGUUGGUGAAAGUAAGCUUCGGUUUCAGUCACAAAUUAUGGAAAAUUUUCGUUCAACAGUUGCAGAAGAGCAUAACCGUUAUCAGGAUAUGCAAACUAAUUUGCGUUACCAAAAUAUAUUUAUUAGACGUCAAUGGAGAAUGACAAAAUUAAAUUUGUGCAGUCCUUGUGGACCUUGGAGUCAUAAGGACCCUCGUAUUCAUUAUUGGAAAUUAUCUCAUCAUGAAAAUAUUUAUCGUAUGAGAUUAAAAUUAGUUCUGAAUUAUAACUUUGAUGACCAUCAUAAUGCUAGUAGACUUCGAGACAAUCAAGGAGCUGCUAAAAAAUUUAGUAUGGGAAGUUUGCCACCAAUAGUAAGAGAAGCAGUAGUUUCCGAACAGCAAGAAGAUUCAUUAGCUGAUGAAGAUUUGCAAGUAAUAUCUACAAGCCAGAUUGAAGGCCCAGAUACUGCUGGAAAAGAGAAAUCAAUAAUAUCAGAAGAUUGUGAACUUGUAACUUUAAUGUCUGCAAUUAAAGGAAAAUUUGAAGUGACUACUACAAAUAUUUAUUUCUUUGAUUUAUCACCAGUAAAAGAAGAAGUAGAUCAAACAGAGAGACAUGAUUUUAAAUGUUCCUUGGCACAUUUGAGAGAAAUACAUUUAAGAAGAUAUAAUUUACGAAGAUCAGCAUUAGAAUUUUUUUUAAUUGACCAGACAAAUUUUUUUCUGAAUUUUAAUGCUUCUAAAAGAAACAAAAUAUAUGGCCGCAUUGUAGGUUUACGACCUCCUAAUUUAAUUUAUUCAUAUGGAAUUCGAACACCAGCAGAAUUACUGAAGUCAUCAGGAUGGAUGCAAAAGUGGGUACAACGAGAAAUAAGUAAUUUUGAAUACUUAAUGCAUUUAAAUACAAUUGCUGGGAGAACCUACAAUGAUUUAAGUCAAUAUCCCGUAUUUCCUUGGAUUCUUGCGGAUUACACAUCUUCAGAACUGGAUCUUGAUAAUCCAGCUGUUUAUAGAGAUUUAAGCAAGCCCAUUGGAGUUGUGAAUCCAAAAAAUAUAACAGAAGUUAAAACAAAAUAUGAAAAUUUUAUUGAUAUAACUGGAACAGUAGAAAAAUUUCAUUAUGGCACCCAUUAUUCUAAUUCAGCUGGAGUGUUGCAUUACCUAGUCAGAGUUGAACCAUUUACUUCUUUGCAUGUAGAUCUUCAGAGUGGAAGAUUUGAUGUUGCAGACAGACAGUUCCAUUCUUUAGAAGCAACUUGGAAAAUGUUAAUGGAAAAUCCAAAUGAUGUGAAAGAAUUAAUACCUGAAUUUUUCUAUUUGCCAGAAUUUCUUGUGAAUAUGAAUGGAUUUGAUCUUGGAAAGUUACAGGGAACAAAGGAAAAAGUUAAUCAUGUUAAACUACCUCCUUGGGCAAAAUCUCCUGAAGAUUUUAUCUAUAAACAUCGGAAAGCACUGGAAUCAGAAUAUGUUUCAGGACACUUACAUGAAUGGAUUGAUCUUAUAUUUGGAUAUAAACAAAAAGGACCUGCUGCUGUAGAUGCAUUGAAUAUGUUCUACUAUGUUUCCUAUGAAGGUGCUGUAGAUCUGGAUGCAAUUCAAGAUCCAGUGGAGCGUGCUGCUACAGAGGGCAUGAUUAACAAUUUCGGACAAACUCCUUGUCAACUUUUUAAAGAACCACAUCCAAGAAGAAUGUCAUUUGAAGAAGCAACUUUACGAAUGACAAAAUCAGACACCAAACCUCCAAAUUUAUUUCACUUUCUUCAGAAAUUGAAAGCAUUUUUUGUUGAGGCUGCAGUUGGUUCUAGUCCCAUUUGUUUUGUAUAUAUUCCAAGAAGCCCAACUCGAUCUUUUAUUCAACAUGGUAUGCUAGAACCACUAGUGACUGUUAGUCAAAAUGGCAUAAUUGGAGUCCAUGGCUGGCUACCUUAUGAUCGAGCUCGAACUAUUCCUAAUUAUUAUACAUUUGAAAAAGAUCCUACCUCUUCAAGCAAUAAAAAUCUGAAAAGGAUUACUGGAUCUUUUCAACCUGGACUUGAAAUAACAAAUCAACUAUAUGUUGUUACAGAUGAUGCCAAAUUCUUAUUUUGUGGUGGAUUAUGGGAUAAUAGUUUUUGUAUUUAUAGUUUGCCUAAAGUUAAAUUAAUUGCUCGUGUCACAAAACAUUUAGAUGUUGUAACCUGCUUGGCAAUUGAUUAUAGCAACACUCAUUUAAUGACUGGUUCACAAGAUACCACGUGUAUGAUUUGGGAUCUUGGAACACAGAUUAAUUCAAAUUCCAUUAUUAAUAACAAACCUCUUCAAAUUUUAUAUGGUCACAAUGAUUCUGUUACCUGUGUUCAUAUUUCAACAGAAUUAGAUUUGGCACUUUCUGGAUCAAAAGAUGGUAUUGUUAAUAUUCAUACAGUUAGAGAAGGACAUUAUUUAAGAAGGUUAUUUCCUUGUGAUGAUAGUGAUAUAUUAAGAGAAGUAACACUUAUAACUAUGUCAGAUAUGGGGUACAUUUGUGUUCAUUAUAAACCAAAAACAGAUAUUUUACCUGAAAAUAAAUAUGGAAUGCUUCAUGUUUUUACUAUAAAUGGAAAAUAUCUCUGUCAUCGAGAGCUGUCUUCAUCUAUUAUAGGAAUGUGCAUCUCUGGAAAUUAUUUGGUUACUGGUGAUUCAAGUGGAAUGUUAAAUGUUUUUGAAAUUUAUGGGUUGAAAUCUGCCACAUCAUUAUCAUUGCAUAUACCCAUCUUAGCAGUAAGUGUUACUCCAGGAAAUACACAUAUAUUAGCAAGUCUGCAAGAUGGUAAAUUAAUAGUAAUUGGAAUAGCAUUUACUCCAGAUUAAAAAUAUCAUCUACAAAUUAAAGUAACCAUUCUAUCAUUCUUUAUUUGUGAUUGCUCAAGAAUUGUUUAUUUUUUAUAGUCCUUCAGGAGAAUUGAUAAUAUUUAAUUUUUUUAAGUGAGAAUUCAAUUAAAAAUUAUUUUAAAAGUAGUGAUAUAAACUGAAAAAUUCAUAUUUUCUGAAGUGUAUUGAAAUUUUUAAUUAAAAAAAUUGUAAAAUAAUGUUUUUAUGAAAUAACCAUAAUAAUUCUGUGUUGUUUGAACAGAAUAUAAUAGCUUCUAUAAAUAUUUAAUUAUGUAGCAGCUUAACCACAAUAUUUAUGGGACCGAACCAAUCUUUUCCAGAGUGAAAAAAUAAUUUCCAGACUAUAUAUAUAUAUACAUUCUUGGUUAUUUCUGAAUUAAGUACUUAUUAAUUUAAUAUAAUAUAAUACAGUACAAUUUUUUGUGCUUUUUUGUCAAUCAAAUGAAAAAAAGAUAUACAAUGUAGAGUUAAGAAUUAUUUCCUGCAUAGUAAAUUCCUCCAUGAAAAAAAAUUUUAACUGAAAAAUACACAUCUGUAUACUUAUUGUGUUCAUGAAAAUCUAUUUCUAUCCAAAAAAAAUUAAAUUUUUUAUAAGCACAAAAAUUCCAAUACUGUAAUGUGUGUCAUUAUUUAAUUCAAAUAUUUUCUCUAUAAUAUAUUGAAAUGAUUAAUUUGAUAUAAAAAGUAAAUGAGUUUAAAAAAAAACAAAAUAAAACCAAAAAUUUGGAUAAACUACCCAGUUUAUAAAAUAAAAACAUAUCUUUCACAAUCUGCACUACAGUAUAUGUAUUUAUGAACAUUAUUAUAUUUGGUAAGUAUUUACCUUAUAUAAUAUUGUAGGUCAUGUGAUCUUUCUUAAGAUUAAUGAUAUUCUUAGAUUAAAAAAGUAUAUACAGUAGUACAGUACAUGGUCAUAAAUUUUUCAUAAUUUCAUAUCAUAUGAUGGGGUAGUUAAUUAAAAUUGUUAUAAAUAAUAAUGAAUAGGUCAGAAUGUAAAUAAAGACUUUAGUAUUUCUAUAUAUCACAAAUACAAGUUUGCCAAUAUUGACACUUGGCCAGAAUGUCAUAAAGAAAAGAGGGAGAAAAAAAGAUUUAAUUUUACAAAGAGUGAAAAUACUAUAUUUAUGUUGUUGUUGUUACUUUUAUAAAAAAAAAUACAUAAAUUGUUUAUUAUUAA